AGGUACAUCAUCUCAUCUAGACCGAGUCUUACACAAGGAAAAAUGUCUGAAUCCGCCCUGAGAGUCAGUGCUCUUGACUUCCUGAAGGAGCUCAAUGGCAGUUCGCACCACACAUCGGACUUCCUGACCUCAGCCCUGACCGUACGGAGGGGGCAGAGCUUUAAGAUCUGCCUGCAGCUCAGCAGAGAGCUCAGCCCCCAGGACCAGCUGGUGAUUCAGCUCAGCGUGGGUAAUCGCCCCCAGCAGGCUAAAGAUACGCUCGUGCUGAUCCCAUUACGGCGCAACUCAGAAGCAGGGCGUUGGGGAGGCACCAUCAUUCACGUUUCCCACAAGCAGUGCGAGGUUGAUCUGAGGACUCCACCUAAUGCUGUUGUGGGAAAGUACUCCCUCAUUGUGAAGAUUGGUGAUGAGUACACCUACCAACCUGAGCCCAAUCACUUCUACAUGCUCUUCAACCCCUGGUGUGAAGGUGACGAUGUGUACCUCCCUGAUGAAAAGGCCCGUGGCGAGUAUGUGCUCAAUGAUGCGGGCUACAUCUAUGUUGGCCAAAACAAUGCCAUCACAGCAAGACCGUGGAACUUUGGUCAGUUUGAGGAGGGGGUGCUGGAGCUCUGCAUGGAUCUUCUGGAUAAGAGAAGGCUGGGCCAAACUGCCAGGAGGGACCCAGUGAAGCUGUCCAGGGCCAUGUCUGCGCUGGUGAACUGUAAUGAUGACAGUGGGAUCGUGGUGGGAAACUGGUCAGGGAAGUACUCCCAGGGGACAUCCCCAAUGACAUGGACGGGCAGCCUGUCAAUCCUGCUGCAGUUUGGGCAGAGCCACCACCCGGUCAAAUACGGCCAGUGCUGGGUGUUCUCUGGAGUCCUCACUACAGUGAUGCGCUGUCUGGGGAUUCCAGCCAGAAGUGUGACCAACUAUAACUCCGCCCAUGACACAGAGGGGAACCUGACCAUAGACAUCUACAUCAACAAGCAAGGAGAGCAUCUGGACAACAUGACUUCUGACUCUAUCUGGAACUUCCAUGUGUGGAACGAUGUGUGGAUGAAACGACCAGAUCUGCCAGAGGGCUAUGAUGGCUGGCAGGCCCUGGAUGCCACUCCUCAGGAGGAGAGUGGAGGACUCUACCAGUGUGGCCCAUGUUCUCUCAACGCCAUAAAGCAGGGCGAUGUUAACCUGGCCCACGACACCACCUUCCUGUUCGCUGAGGUGAAUGCAGACCGUGUGGUGUGGAGAGUGGAGGGCCCUGGGAAGGUUACCAUGGUGAGGAAGCAGUGUCACUACGUGGGGCGGAAAAUCAGCACCAAGGCAGUGGGGCAGGACCACAGAGAGGACAUCACUCUGCUGUACAAGUUCCCUGAAGGUAGUGCAGAGGAAAGGAAGGCUUUGGCAAAGGCCUCCGCCAUUUGCUCUGCAGCCGGUCCUGAGGAAUCUAACAACCUGCAGCUGGAGCUGAAGUCUUCUCUCCCCGCCUACCUGGGCUCCCCAAUCAGCUUCUCCAUCUGUCUGACCAGCCUGAUGCCAAGCCCAAUCACUGUCAACCUCACAGCUGCUGCCCAGCUCCAGACUUACAGUGGCAAGCCCAUGGCCACAGUAAUGUCCCUGAAGAAGGAAGUGACCAUUGAGGCACAGAAAAGCACUACUAUUCCAGUGACAAUAGAGGCAACAGAGUACCUCUCACAACUGUCAGAGGUGAAUGACAACCUGCUUCUCCAAGUCACCGCUAUGGCUGAGAGUGGUGACCCCUACUUUAUAUGCACCGAAGACACCGUCAUCGGCUUUGAGUACCCUCCAAUUACAGUGGAUCUGCCAGCUACUGCCAAGAUAGGUCAACAAUUCCGUGGAACUUUCACCUUUAAGAAUACUACGGGUGUUGCCAUGGAUAACUGCAAACUCCUGGUUGAGGGCUUGGGGCUCUUCAAAUUGGCAACCUUCAACGAAGGGAAUAUUCCAAAUGGCAAGAUCUUCCGGUCAGAGAUACUUUGUACCCCGUACCGAACUGGAAGGCGGAAGAUUAUUGCCAAGAUCAUCUCUGACAAAAUCAGUGGUAUCAUAGCUGAGGGGUUUGUUAAUGUGGAGUGAAAAAUGACAGACAGGCUUGGUUUGAGAGGAUGGAAUGGUCUGAUGGCGGGGAUAGCAGUGUCUAAAUAACAAGGUGUGGUCUGCUGUGAGUGUAGUUUACUCACUAAUGAGAAAAACGAAUGUAUUCAAUAAAGGGAAAAUAUCCAUAUAAGAUAUGAGAAUUACAAUUCUAGAUUGUAAACAGAUGUGUUGUUUACUGCUGUUGUGUGGGGAUUUGCUGGUGCUUCUGUUUUCCCCUCGCAGAAACCCUUGCAGAUUUUGGGUAAAGGUGGCGAGACCAACUUACAAUAUUAUAUAAUGAUAUGGUGAAUAGGAUACGACACUGGGAAUGUAUAACCCAUUGGGGCUAUCUAAUUUGUUUCAUAUGAAUUUCAUAUUGAAUAAAAUACUUUGUUUUAAAGAA